AUGGAGGAGGAAAUUAGUUCUCAUGGUGUUACACUUGAUGAUGAUGUCAGCAAUUCCUUCCUUGCAAUCCUUGACCAAACCAACCUGCAAACCUCCCCACACAUGAGGCUAGUGUUCGAGCAACAGCAGAAGGCAAUGGGGACUAACAAGCAUGCUCAGAGAUGGCAUCCACACUUUAUUGAGUUUUGCCUCUCCAUACAUGCAAAGUCCUCAUCUGUCUACAGUGAACUUAGAAAAAGUGAAAAGAAUCCAGAUGGAAUCCUUUACCUUCCCCAUGAGAGAACAUUGUGUGACUAUCGUAAUCACUUUAAACCUGGUGCAGGUUUUGUGUUUGAAAACAUUGAACUUUUGAAAUCAAUAACAAAGAACUAUGAGGGACCUGCCAGAUAUGUUGUGUUGGUGUUUGAUGAGAUGAAGAUAAAAGGAAGGCUUGUCUUUGACAAACACUCAGGGAAAUUAAUUGGGUUUACCUCUCUUGGUGAUCCUGAUUUAGACUUCUCAACAUUUGAAGAGCUGGAAGUAGCAACCCAUGUACUGGCAUUCAUGAUUAGAGGUGUGCAAACAACUCUAAAAUUUAUGCUUGUGUACUUUCUAACACAAACAGUGGUGUCAUACCAGCUGGCCCCGAUUUUUUGGCGAGCAGUUGCAAUUUUGGAACUAAAUUGUGGACUUCAUAUUGUGGCAGCAACAAGUGAUGGAAUGUCAGCAAACCGAAAAUUCGUCCGAUUGCACAAGCAUAUCUCGGGUGAGGAUCCAGACGUGUUGCUGAUAAACAAGACUAUGAGCCUGUUCGCACCACAGAGAUCUAUUUGGUUCUUUGCAGAUGUACCACACUUGAUCAAAACGACAAGAGGUAUGAAAUAUUAUUUUGGACAUAAAAGAGUAAUUUAUGGUCCAAUCUGCAAAUGUGUCUUGCUAACCCAACACCUGGGGGGAGGGUGCAUGACAACCCCCAGUGUCUAUCUUGUCGGGUAUAUCCAUACAAUUUUGUCAGGUAUUUUGAGUGGCUUGGAUUAAAAAGUAAUAGUUGUAGAAAACAAUUUGAUAAAUUUACAAAAAUAUUACUGAAAAAUUUUAUUGUGAAAGUUAGUAAAAAAGUAUUUUUGCAAUUUUUUUACCACCCCCCACUCGCCAACAAUUUUUACACCGCCUACCAACAAUUUAGGGAAAAGAAAUAUUAACCCUUUAAGCGGCAAUGCACCUAGAUGCAUGCUACUUUAUUAUUUUACACUAAUGUCAUAUUAUUUUACUCUGUCUAAGUCUAACACCAGACAAUUUUACUCGUCAGGGGGAGAGUGCUGCCACUCAAUGGGUUAUGUUUGUCCAUUGGGAACAACUUUGGCCACACCCUUUUGUACAGGCAAAACAAGCUCACAUAACCCCCAGCCGUAAUACUGAAAUUUCGUCCCUGCACUCGAUACUUAUCAAGAGUUGCUGUAAUGGGUUAAAAAGAGUUCAUCAUUCUUAUAAAUGUCAUUUUUGCAUAUGCUAUUUGUAGAUGUAGAAUAGAUGUGUACUUGUUGGAAAUCAUGCUCCAGUGGCAUGAAAUAAACAGUAUCCAGACAUUGACAUAUAUUAAAUUUUGGGAAAUGGGUUAUUUAUUCAAGAAUCAGUAGCUACAUGUACAAAAUUUCUUAAUGGAUACUGUUAAAAAAUUACAUUUUAUGUCCUGGACUCCUGGUCAACUGUAUCUAAUGGUCUUGUAUCCAGAGGGAAUGUUGGAGCACGACGUAAGGAAGGAGAGUCGAGGUGGGCUACCAUCAGGGAUGAGCCUUUACUGA